AUGUGCUUUUACAACCAAAAGCGGUUCACGUGUGGAGACUGGAGCUGGACCAGCUUUGCCCAUCGAUGCAAUUACGAGUACCGCACCGGCGAAACAUGCGGUAUGAGACUCGUGAAUAUGACUGAGAACGACUGUAACAAGUGCCGCCUCUGUGAAAAAAUCGAGACGAAACAUCGGCGCCGAAGCGCCGAGGUGGAUCGUCUCGAACGGUGGAAACGAGAGGGUGCCACGUUGGUGGCCUCAAUGGACAGGUGCCAGAAGCUCAUUCAAGACCUGGAAAAAGAUAUCGGCAUGCUAAAACGAGAGCGUGAAGACCGUCGAAGAACCCUUCUCAGAUAG